CUAGCUGAUGUGGUUAUGGCUCAUGCUCUUAAUCUGACUCUGACUCCGUCUCAUCUCCAUCAUUUGGGUCCUUAUUUCUCGUACUCAUACUAGUGUUACGCCCAAUGAAUCAUUUCAAUCUCUUUCGUGUUCCUCCAGAACCACCAGAUGACACCAUCUUUAAACAUAAUCAAUAAUUUUCUAUUAAUCUCUUAUACUAAAUUAUUUGUUGAACAAUUAUUUGUUGUUUCAUGGACUAAUUAUGAUACAUACAAUUUGUUAUCUAAUUAAUUUAACUAGAUAGUUAUUUUACUUAAUACGAUUGGUAGUUAUUUCAAUUUACUCAAUUACUUAACUAAAACAUGAUAGAUAAAUAUUUAAAUCUAACAAUUAUUUAUAAUUUAUUUAAUUCAAUAAUUAUUUAGAUAAUUGUUAUAAUAAAUUAUCUAUUAGCAUAGUCAAUAAUUAUCUAUUAAUUUCUUAUAAUAAAUUAUUUGAUGAGCAAUUUGUUCAUAGUCAUAAUUUAUCAAUGACUAAUUAUGAUACAUACAACUUUUUAUCUAAUUAAUUUAACUAGAUAGUUACUUUACUAAAUACGAUAGAUAAUUAUUUAAAUAAUUAUUUCAACUUAUCCAAUUAAUAAACUAACACAUUAUAUAAUUAUUAUUCAACUAACAAUUAUAUACUAAUUAUUCAACGGACUAUUAUAUACUAAUUAUUCAACUAUCAAUAUUAAACUAAUUAAGAUACUAACAAUUGAAUUUAAAAUACCUCUAAUAAAUAUUUAAUUAAACAGAACAAAUCAAACCCAAUCAGAAUGGUCCGACUUGGCCAGGCGAACCGCGUCCGCUUGGUCGAGGCAGAUGGCGGCUAAGGGACGAAGGAAAAAAAAUUACCUGGACACGACGGCGACAAGAGCUUGGGUCUGGGACGGGAGCGGUGGCUUUUGGGCGGCGGUGGCCGACGUUGGCAGAGGGAGAGGGUGGGCGGCGGGCAGCAACAAGGGUGGGAGGUGAAGGGUUGGGUUGGGGUAGAUAGUUUUAGGGUUUUUAAAAUGAGGCAAGGGUAAAAUCGUCAUAUUUUUUGUAACUAUGGGCGGCAAAUAGCGAUUCAUCGUAAACAAACCAUGGUUAAUGGUAAAUGAACCAAAAUGAAGUCAUGAUGGUUGCUUAGGGCUUAACCCUACUUCUUUCUAUGGUUAAGCCACUUCUUUUCCUAGUUCUACUAACUGAUUGUUAUAGUUUAUUGCAUUAAUUACCAACUGAUGUUCUGUAAAAAUCAACACUGCCAAAAUUUCCACCGUGAAACUAUAUCGUUAGGGGUUUAUGUUGAUACUUUAUAGCUUUAGGGGUCGUUUGGUUUUGGUGAUAGUUACAAUGCAUGUAAUCUCCACAAUGUAUCGUUUUUUUGAAUUUUUUGUGCAAACAAUACAUGCAUUGUUUGCUUGAUUAGACACAAACUAUUAGUCAAAAUGAGUGAGUUAAAUCUCAAGUUUUCGUUGAGAUUGUUCGAUGGAGAUUGUUGUGUUUUCUUCUUCUAAAUAUGUCCCUAACUUUUUAUGUGUGUUAUUUUUUUAUAUUAAAAACAAAGGGUAAAAGUGUCAUUUCACCCAAAAAGUAAUAUACUUUAUUUAAAUACUAGGGCAAAUACAAUAUAUUAUCCACAACUAUUAACAAACGGGAAAUUAUAUCCAUAACUAUCGAAAUACAAAAUAAUAGCCAACUGUUAAGUCUCCGUUAACACUUCCGUUAGAUGAUGGUGAAUUUGCAGAUGCUAUGAUGACGUGGCAGUCAACACAAAUGCCACAUAAGCAGGUCAACCUUGUAACUUAUUAAUUAAUAUAUUAUUAGGGGAAAAAAUAAAAAAAAAUCCCCCGAUUAUCCCCCGAUUCCAAUCAUCAUCGUCAAUUUGCCCCGCAGGUCGUCGCCGUUCAAGCUCUAGAAACUCUUGCACACGAUUCGGAAGCUGAACGGGGGCGAGCGUCUCUCCACCCUUUUCCGGGUAGCCAGGUCGGGGGAACGCGAACGGCCGCAGGCUCGCCGACGGGUCGGGUUUCGACGAAGAGGAGUAGUAGUUCUGCGGGCUGCUCUGUGCUGUGCCGAACGAAUAGUCCUCGAAAUGACCUCUGCAAGAUCUGGUGCUCAUCUUCGUCAGCGCCGAUGGAGUCGACGAAACUUGGAAAUUGGAUUGUGCGAUGGAGGCGGAGUAGCUGUUUCGGCUCUUCGUGCUUCCCUUCGAAGCUCCCAGAUCCGUCCAGAAUCUUCGAUCUUCUGCCUACUGGCGGACGAACUCAUGCGAGACAAGCACUUCGAUCCGUCCAAAAUCGAAUCUGAUCUGAUGAAGCUGUUCGAAUUGGAGGCCUACAAGGCGUGGGCUGCGCUGGAAUCGGCGAUGGAGGCGGCGAUCACGGAGUUACGUAGGUUCGAGGAGGAGAUGGAUGGGAUGGCGAAGGCGGAACUGGAAAGUGAUGGAGUGGCGAAGGAGAUGGAUGGGAUGGCGAAGGAGAAGGCGGCGUCGGUGGCUUCGAAGAGGUUCGUUCCAGGGCGGCGGAUUGGAAAAUAAUAGGGGGGGAAAUUCUUUCCAGCGGAGGGGAUUGGGAAAAAAUAGGUUCUCAUUUUUUUUUUAUAUUUUUAAUAAUAAUGAUUUUUUUAAUAUAUUAUUGUUUUAAUAUUCUGACGUGGAAUGGUGAUGUGGCAGUCUCCGUUAUAAAAUUUAACGGAGAUACAGACAGUUAGCCAUUUCAUGAUUCGCAAUAAUAGUUGUGGCUAUUAUUUUGUAUUUCGAUAGUUAUGGAUAUAAUUUCCCGUUUGUUAAUAGUUGUGGAUAAUAUAUUGUAUUUGCCCUACAAUAACUAUCACAGAAACCAAAUGAUGUAAAUUACAAUACACUAAUUUUCUUAUAUACAUUAUAUAUUAUUAUGCAUGCAUUGAUGACAAUACAUCGAUUUAAUUAUCACCAACAUAUUAACUAUACAGAUGAUAUUUGUUUGGAGAAUGUAAUAUUCAGUGACGAAGGUGAAGGUGAAGGUGAAGGUGGUAGCCUGGUAGGUCCUAUCGGGAAGAGUGGCGCCCCGCCGUGGCCAUCAAAACCCAAAAGGCCUCAUCUGUAAAUCCUAUGAAGAAGACAAAAUAGAAGCAACCGGUAGCUUGAAAAGAUCUUUAUGGGUAGAUGGACUUGGAGAGGACAAACAAUGAAUAACGAUGCUAUCAUUACAGAAUUCUUUAGGUUUUUAUGGGUAUAAAACUUCUCAAGUGGCACUUUAUAAAACUUCUCAAGUGGUUUUUAUUCUAUUUCAUUCAAAAUGAUUAAGAAAAGAAAAUGAAAAUAGGUGUAAAUUAAAAAAAUUAAUUAAAAUUUGUUGAGUUGUCAGUGACAUGGCACGUUGAUCGUUAGUCAACGCGUUUGACCAUUCAAGUUAACGGUCAAAAGUCUGAUCUGGCCAAAUUGUUUAUUUUGAUGUAUAGUUCGGGGCAGGAUGUUAUAGAUCAAAAAGAUUGGUCAUAAUGUUUAUUUUGGUCAAAGUUCAGGCCAUACAAAAAUAUUAACCCAAAAAUAAACUAUAUUACUUUAUAUUUUGUUGCAAUGGAACACUCUCUUAUUCGUACAGUAUAUAUCUAUAAAAUAAAACAAUAUUAUUAGCAAAAUGUCAGAGUAUAAUCUUGAUCGAGUAGUUGUAGUUAUUUAUUAAAAAAAAUUAUUCAUUUAGAUCAUGUUCUACCUUAAAUUCUUCAAAUGAAGAGGAAUCACAUGUGCAAUAAUUUGAUAAUGUGACCUAAGUUCAGAUUAAUAAUAUUUGCUCUAUAUCAUGUUGAUUGAGCAAGCUCAAUUGAGGUUAUAAGUCGUAUGCUAAGAAAUUUUCUUUCAGAUUUGGAGUUAUCUUCGACGAUUAUAAAUCAAAAUUUUCAAAAUGACUUAAGUAUGAUUGUUGACGAACUUUGACUUCAUACCCUAGGAUGAGACACAAGAUUCCUUGAAAAAUAAUAGAUGUGAAGGUUAGAAAAAUCUUUGUUGAGAAUCUACGAUAAACAUCACGUUUCAUCAACUACUAACCUAGGCAUUUACCAAAUAAAGGUUGGCAAUUUUUAGUAAAAUCGUCAUUUGGGAUAAACAUAUUUAUCCAACAAUCAAGUAUCUUUAUCCAAUAAUCUCAACUCUCAAAAUUGGUUGUCAAUUCGUCUAGACUCGAGAAACAUGAAUUAAUAUAUGUUGUAUAACAUAAUAAGUUAAUGCAAAUAAUCAAAUGAAAUACACUAAUAUUGUUCAAAUGAUAAGAUAUUUUAAAUGCACUUAAAAUAUAUGUGUAUUGGAAACACUCUUUAUCAAUUAUUAAUAUAUAAGUGAUAAAAUCUUUUAAAAUUACACAUUCAACGACCAUGUUAAGACCAAAAUUCUCGAUAGUGUGUGUGAGUGCCUUAGAUUGAGAUUCUAAGCCAACAUAUAAACAAUGACUACCGGUUGAGGUUUAGUAUAAACUUCAAGAAUUAACAAUUGAUACAUAUUGUAUAAUAUACUAAAUUUAAGUGUCUGGAUAAAAAAAAACAAACAUCCAAAAUGGAAAUGAGUUGAUAUUAGAGAAUUUAGUCAUCAUGAGGGCUAUGGUGUGUGUCAAGUUUCAAUAUGGAUGAAUAAAUCCAAUAAUGAAGUAUCUUUACUAAGAAUUUCUCACUAAAAAGUCGUAAUCUUUACAACAUUGGUCGAGAGUUCGUCCAAACUCGAGGAUCAUGAAUGUGUAUUGGAUUUACAAAGGACUUAGAAUCCCAAUCCCUUUCGAGUGCUAAAUACUUCUGAUCACAACCAUAGGUGCUAAAGUAGAAUGAAAAAAAAGCAAAAUAGAACAUAACCUUCUAUACGAUGAACAUAAUAAAAUCAUAUCGAGCUAUGAUCCUGUCAUACCUACCUUUUUAUUCUCCAUAAAGGGGACGGCGGGAGAUGAUAAGAAAUAAAUAGUAGGAUCUUAGUAUUUGCCUCUUUAUAUCUUACAUAUCGAACGAUAGACAACCCCAAUGGUUUUCUGGCGUUAUGGGGGUAAAAGCGAGAUCUCUAGAUAAUUUUGAGUAUAAUAUAUAUAUACACACACACAUAUAUACAUGUAUAUGUAAUAUCAAGGUAUUCUAUACUUUUUAUUUAACUCAAGAUACGAUAGAAGAUAGGUAUUACGAAGUAUGUGCAUAAAUUAGAGGUUACAGAAUUAGGAACUGGAGUUCACCCAUUAGAGAUUAGGGUUUAGUAUCAUGCUCCAAAAAACUUCGGUUAAUUCGGGUCUAAAUAGUAAAACUCAAUGGUCGUAUGGUAGUAUGAACGCAAGAGUAUAGCGUACUUCUGGCGCACGCUAGCUUGAACUAUAUAUAUGUGUGGUUCAGGUUGGCGUACGCUAAAUAUUAGUGUUUUGGUUGACAAAUUUUGACUUAGUUUUAAGGCAAAAUUCAUCUGUAUAGCCAAAACUUUGGUGUUUGUGACAAUAAUAGCCACUUUUGGCGAAAAACCAAAAAUAGCCAAAAAUUUGAAAGUUUGAUGACAAAUAUAGCCAUUUCCGUUACAUACUUUAACGGUGUUAGAAGUUCCGUUAAUUAGGUUAAUGUUAUGCUGAUUAGGAUGCCACGUUGACGUACACAUCAACAAUAACUAUGAUGAACUUGCCAUGUAGAUGCCACAUCGGCCACCUUAGACUUAAAAAAAAUCCAAAAAAAUUAAAUGCUCCUCCUUCUCCUGGAGUUCUCCUACUCCAAUCACCCAUAUCAAACCUCAUUAUCGUCCUUCUCCGACCAUUCCAUCCAACCACCACCGUCACGAACCCUUCCUUGUCCACCACCACAUGAUACUCCGACUAGGCAAAAGCUCCCAACAGGCCGUCGCGUAUAUCAUCAUCCCGUCAUAGCUUCCGCUAAAAACAAAUCCACAACUGACGGCGCCUCCGUCCCCUCCUCCGCCGUAAUCCAUAUGUCCCUUCCAAAUUCAAAAUCCAAAUGCAAUUAACUGGCGACGAUCACCAUUAGAUCCUCCCACAGUCACAAACUGACUUAGAUGAUAGAAAAUAGAAGCAAAAACGAGACCCAACUAAGCGCUGCCGUCGUUUCAUAUCCAUACCCCAAUUUGGAAUUCGUCAACGCCGCCGACUCCCAUCGCUGCUCCAUAUCAAUAUCUUCGCUUUGACCGAGGAACUGCUGCCUUUCCCCAUCGUUCGAUCGUCACCUCCCCUGCACCCUGAUGCAAAGAUGGUCAGAGCGAGAGAGGACCAACAACUGCAUCGAAUCGAUUCAAUAGGGGAGAUUCUAGGGUUGGAAUUGAGUUUUUGAUUUGGCGUUUUUGGUAGAGGGUUUAUUCACUGGCGGCUCGUCCCUACCUCAAAACUCUAGCUCCGAUGAGGACCUUCAGCAGCUGGUGAUGGAAGAGAGGAAUCUCGGUCGCCGAUGAGGAAGCUGAAGCAUCCCUCCCACCUUCGCCACCAUGACUACAUCGACAGCGACAUCGACAACGGGCAUGUGUCGCCGAAAAGCAAUGGCGGCGUGCUGAAGAAGGCUAAUUAAGUCAUGUCUUAAUUAUCCCUCUGUUUCGAACUCACCACCGUCGUCGAGGAACCGCCUCUUACCCCUUCGUUUUUUUUGUUUCGAUUUCCGAGUUGGACUUGUGCCGAAAUUGAGUUCUUCAUAUCUCACCCGCUGUUAAUAGGAUUUCUCUGAGCUCAGAUCCAUCACCGCCUGAUAAAUAGUGGGAACCCUAGCGAGGAAAGAUGUAGGGUGGAGGGGUUAGUUGCGGGGAGGGAGAUUUUCAGAGAUGAGAUCAGCGGCGGAUGGACUGAAGGGGGAAAGAACAGAGAGGGCAGAGGGUAAAUAAAAAAAAAAUUAAUAAUUUAUUUUUAUUUUUUGAAUUAAUUCCACCUCAUAUAUUGGUAUUGACCAAAAAGUUGACAAGUCAGAUUUUUCGUUAGUCUAGUCAGCAUGUUAAUUGACGCUGUUAAAAAAUUGGAUGGAAUUGG